CAAUUUUAGCACAAUAUUAACGAAGAUUAAACUUUAGGGGUUAAAUCAUAAAUCCAGAAAUUGUAAACCGAGGCAUUGAGGUCCCGAGUGAAAUUUCCUCGAAAGAAGCUGAUAAAUCGUAAAUUAUCACUGAAAGUUUUACCUUCCUGCCAGAAAAUGGCAAAGUCAAGCUUGAAAAAUGCUUUAAUAAUAAUCCUAUCGGCCACAACUAUUGCGUUUUCAACGGAUUUGUGCAAAGCGAUCGAAUCACCAGAGUAUACAGUGGUGCACUCUGAAUCAAAUUUUGAGAUCAGACUUUACAGGGAGUCGGUAUGGAUGACGGCACCCGUCAACGAAAUCUCCUUCGAAAAAGCCACCAGAGAUGGUUUUCACAGAUUGUUCCAGUUCAUCCAAGGUGCAAAUUUGAACUUUUCUCGUAUUUAUAUGACAAAGCCAAUUUUGACAAGUAUUGUCCCGGGAGCUGGUCCUCUUCACUCAUCAGCGUACUUUGUUAAACUGUAUUUGCCUGUGAAGUUCCAAACUGAUCCACCUCUUCCCCUUCCGGAAUUGAACCUUCAACCUGAUCCAUGGACUAGUCAUUGCAUUGCUGUUAGGAAGUUUUCAGGAUUUGCAAGAGAUGGCAAUAUCGUUAAAGAAGCUCAGAAACUGGCAUUGAGCUUGAGUAGAUCUCCAUGGGCAAACUCCACUACUUCUACAAGUGAAUAUGCCUACUCUAUAGCGCAGUAUAAUUCUCCCUUCCGGAUCAUUGGGCGUGUCAAUGAAGUUUGGGUUGAUGUCACUGGAUCUAGAGCAAGUGGUUGUGAAUCCAAUCUAGUUGCUGCAUACUGAUUUUGAGCGUGAGCUUGAAGCUUCUUCGAUCGUUGUUGUAAGCAUCCCUUAUAGAGACCAGAGAGGCAUGAAAGGUUGCUUUAUGUACAUAUUGAAUUAAAAAAAUAACAUGAAUCCAAACGACAGUUGAUGAUGCUCAUGUUCUGUAUAUUUGGCACUUCUAUUAUGGUUUAAUGGAACUGUGAUCAAUUCUUCAAAAAACAGAGUGGAUAACUGUAAUUCCCUUGAUAAAGAACUUUGGCAUUA